UUCAUCCGCGAAAUCUUGCGACACUUAUCAACAUGCAUCUAUUUCGGACAACACAUAUAUUCGGAUUCCGGUGCAUGUAUCCUGCAUGGUUUCCCGUAAUACCUUGGGACUAAGGCCUAACCUGGCAUAGAUGAACUGUUCAUAACAUUUCUAGAUAAUAUACAUUUGUGAUGGAUUGGUGCACAGUUAUAGAGAUUGUAGUGGUAGCAUAUAUAGCUAUACAGAUACUAAGAUUGAUCUUUGCAGAUUGUGAUCUACAGCUACAAUGGGCUGAAAAAUUUGGACGAUCUACAGGGUCACUGGCACGUAAGGUGGUAUGGAUUACUGGAGCAUCCAGUGGUAUAGGAGAGUACCUCAGUUACGAGUUGGCACAAGCUGGUUGUAGACUAGUUUUGUCAGCUAGAAGAGAAGAAGAACUUCAAAGGGUGAAGAAACAAUGUCUUAGUUAUGGUAACCUAAUGGAUGAUGAUGUACUUGUGUUACCUUUAGAUAUGUUAAAAUUUGACCUCCAUAAACCAGCUGUAGAAGAGGUGUUAUCCAGGUUUAAACAGAUAGAUGUCCUUGUGAAUAAUGCAGGGAGGGCACAGAGGGCAUUAUGGGAGAAAACUGAUAUACAGGUAGACAGGGAUAUGCUGGAAAUAAAUGUUCUUUCUGUACUUUCUCUGACAAAACAAGUCCUACCACAUAUGAUAGAGAGAAAACAGGGACAUAUUGUUAACAUGAGUAGUAUUGCUGGAAAAUUAGGUGCACCCAUGUCUGGAUCCUACACAGGUGCCAAACAUGCUUUACAGGGCUGGUUUAGCUGUUUAAGAGUGGAGAUGUUUCCGAGAAAUAUUGCUGUCACUAAUAUCUGUCCUGGACCUGUGUUCUCUAACCUUCUCAAGACAAGCUUCACUGAAAAAUCUGGUGAGUUACUAGGUGUGGAAAUGAUGGAGGGUGAAAAGAGAAUGAGCACACAGCGUUGUGCACGGUUGUCAGCCGUUGCUAUAGCUAACAGGUUGGACGAGGUCUGGAUAGCAUUGCAACCAAUCCUGACUGUUGUUUAUCUGUCACAAUAUAUGCCCACUAUAACAGGAUGGGUCACUAAACAAGUUGGUGUGAAGUAUAUUAUGAAAUUCAGGGAAGGCAAAUAACCAUGAAGAGAAUAGCUCAUGUGUGGUUGGCAAGGUCGCAUGAUUAUAUAAGAGAUUUAAGUAUAUUUAUUUAAGCAAAGCUAAGUUCAUUGAAGUACCAAGUGUUUUUUGACUUCUAAAGCCAGAAAUCAGAACUUAAAUAAAUCAGGUAAUUUUUUACUGCUCAUUGUAGUUAUCAGUAUGGAUUUUCUUGUUUAUAUUAAAAAAACUAUGAUUGUAUAGAAUUGAAUUUUGAAUGUAUUUAUUUUUCAAAAAUGUGAACUGUCUUACAUAACCUAAGGCUAAGCCUAUUUAUGGGUAACUUUUGCAAGAUAUUGUAUGUUAUACCAUGUAUACUCAGGUGAUCAAUUAUAUGAUUAUAAUUUUUUGUAAGCCCAAAAAAACUUUAGGACGUAUUAUGGUAUGACAUUGUCCGUCUGUCAGAUAGACUAAUGGUUUCUGCAGGAUAACUUCUGAAGGACUUCAAUGAUUAUGUUUAUAUUUUGCAUGAUUGUAGUUAUGAUAUGUCAAAACAAAGGUCAAGUUUGAUUUAUGCUGCAAUUAAUUUUAGAAUUAUGCCCAUUUUUAACCAAAAAAGUUAUUGUUCUCCAUUGGAAAUUUUUUGAAGGAUUUUGAUGAUUGUGUUUAUACUUAGCAUGUAAGUAUGUUAUAUCAAAACACAGUUAAGUUAGAUUCUUGUUAUCAAUAUAUAGAAAGAAUUAUGCCUCUUAACGCAAAUUUUCUGCGAAGUGAUGGGUACCUCAGGAUAACUUUAGAAGGAUAUCAAUAAAUGUGUUUAUGUUUGGCACAGUUCCAUGUUAUGUCUAAAUUUGGGUCAUGUUUGUUUUUUCUCGGCAAUCAAUUUAUUAUUGACAUAGUUAUGCCCCUUUAUUUGCAAACAGUUUUCUGCUUAUCUACUUUUAGCAUUACGCCAAAAAUAAUUAGGCUUUAUAUUCUUUUUCUCCAUUGGUUGGAAAAAAUCCUCAUUUGAGCCGCGUCAUGACAA